AAAAUUAUGGGUGGGAGUUUUACAGUCUACCAAAAAACUGUACAUUUAGUUCACGUAAACUUAAUUUAAACUCAACAUCGAAAACGAAGGUCCGCUUAAACAUAUAUUUGUACUCAAAUUUGCAAGUAAAGGAACGAAUUAUUAAUUAACAAAAUUAUGUGGAAAUAUCAUCUGCCUAAUAUAAUAAAAAUUAAUGAAAGAUUAAUAAAUAAUAUGAAACAGAAUGUAUUUAGGCAGGAAACACUACCAACAAUGACCUAUCAGGCAUUAAAUAAAAAGCAGUUAAAACACCUCUGUACCGAAUGUAAGACGAUUAGAAGAAUAUUUGCCAAAUCUUUAAACAUCAGCGUGCAAUCUGUCUCUCAACAACUAGACUUUUCUCUGUUAACACGCACUCUGCAGUACUCGGGCGGUAAGGAAAAAAAGAUCAAACCAACUGGAACAAAGGAGCCCGGAGGUCAGAGCGGGAACAAUAAUUCAGAUGAAAAUAAGAACGAUAAUGACGACAAAAUCAAGUCAUUUAUAACUAAAACGAUUAUCUGGAUAUUUAUUGUUUACAUGUUAGGUGUGUUUAUAUCCUUAAUAACAUCAUCGCGCGGAGAAAGGCCUGAAGGGUCGACACGCUAUGUUUCUUGGAAUGAGUUCGUUUACCAUAUGUUAGCCGCUGGUGAAGUUAAAGAAGUGAUAAUACGGCCCGAUAUGGAAAUGGUAACCAUUAUUUUGCACGAAGGAGCUAUCAUUAAAGGCAAAAAGGUCUCUUCCACCAUUUUCCACAUGGCCGUGGCUGAUGCUGCCAAAUUCGAGGAGAAACUUCGCGACAUUGAAAAACGUCUUGGCAUUAAAGAAGGUGUGCCCAUAACAUACGACCGUCAAAGUGACUCUUCUGGUCGUAUAUUAUUAUUAUUACUAUUUAUUGCCCUGCUGAUGGCGUUAUCGUCACGCAUGAGGGGAAUGAAAAAUCCCCUUGGAUUUGACACGUUCAGUCAGAUGAGCAGGGCUAAAUUCACUUUAGUGGAUCCAUAUGAAGGCGGUCGUGGUGUUUUAUUCAAAGAUGUUGCUGGAUUAGAAGAAGCUAAACAAGAAGUGAAGGAGUUUGUUGACUAUCUUAAAAACCCUGAAAAAUAUCAAAGAUUAGGUGCAAAAGUCCCUAAGGGUGCUCUACUUCUAGGUCCCCCGGGCUGUGGUAAAACGCUACUAGCCAAAGCUGUAGCAACAGAAGCCCAAGUUCCUUUUUUGAGCAUGAAUGGUUCAGAGUUCAUUGAAAUGAUAGGAGGUUUAGGUGCAGCGAGAGUGCGCGAUCUGUUUAAAGAGGGAAAAAAACGUGCACCGUGUAUUAUAUAUAUAGAUGAAGUAGACGCCAUAGGACGACAACGCUCUGGCACUGAAAGUUUUAAUCAAGGUAGUUCCGGUGAGUCAGAACAAACGUUGAACCAGCUAUUGGUAGAAAUGGACGGGAUGUCGUCAAAAGAAGGCGUGUUAAUGUUAGCUAGCACAAACCGCGCAGAUGUUUUAGAUAAGGCUCUGUUGAGGCCCGGUCGUUUUGAUCGGCAUAUUCUCAUCGAUUUGCCAAAUCUACACGAGCGUAAAGAAAUUUUCGAAAAGCAUUUAUCAACGAUACAAUUAGAUGAUGAAUCAUCUAAAUAUUCGCAUCGUUUGGCUCGCUUGACACCGGGAUUUUCUGGUGCUGAUAUAGCGAACGUAUGUAACGAAGCUGCUUUGCACGCUGCACGUAAUAUACAGGAUAAAGUAAAAUCUCGUGAUUUAGACUACGCUGUAGAACGUUUAGUUGGUGGUACAGAAAAACGGUCCCACGCGCUUACGCUAAUAGAACGCAAGAUUAUUGCAUACCAUGAGUCUGGACAUGCUUUGAUUGGUUGGUUAUUGCCUAAUAGUGAUAUAUUGCUUAAGGUGACAAUAGUACCAAGAACAAGUUUAGCUUUGGGCUUUGCGCAAUACACCCCAAGCGAACAACAAUUGCAUAGCAAAGAGGAACUGUUUGACAAAAUGUGUAUGGCGCUUGGCGGACGAGCUGCCGAAAAUUUGGUUUUUAGUCGAAUUACCACAGGAGCUCAAAAUGAUUUUGAAAAGGUUACAAAAAUCGCAUAUGCUCAGGUUAAAAAAUUUGGAAUGAACGAAAAACUGGGACCAAUUUAUGUACGAGAUGCCAAUGAAGCGGGCGGCGUCGAUAAGCCUUUCUCAAGGGCUUUAGAUAACAUAAUUGAUUUUGAGGUUAGAAACAUCAUUGCAAUUGCAUAUCAGAAGACCGAACAAAUAUUAAAAGAUAAUCGCGACAAACUUGAUAAGCUUGCUUUGGCUUUAUUACAAAGAGAGACUUUAAAUUACGAUGAGGUGGUUGACCUGAUUGGUCCACCAGCUUUUGAUUUGUCUCGUCGUAAAGUAGAACCAGUAGAGUUUGAGCAAACUUUGAAAAAUCUCAGCAGUGACCCGAACUAACCAUGUGCCUCUUUAAUAGUUUUGCAUUAAUCUUUCAAUCUUAAAUAAAAUUAUGAUAUUCCUAACUCUAUACUGUUUAC